GGGGUGUGCAUGCUGGAGAGCAGAGAUUAGUUGUGGCUUCAUUCUUGAACACACCCAUGGUGGAAAAUGCCUGUAUCCAAAGUGUUAAAGCAGUGAAAGCUGCCCAGUUUCAUCAGUUUGCUUUAGCAGAGCUAGAAGCCUAUGGCUCAUGCCAUUUCAGAAUUAAACUAAACAAUGUGUUUUGUAGAAGCAGACUUAGAUUGUCUCUGUGUGAAAAAGCCUUGGCUGAGUACUUGGACACCAAGCGGCUGGCGUUUCCUAGAUUUUACUUUAUUUCCUCUGCUGACUUACUGGAUAUUCUUUCAAAUGGCACCAACCCACAGUUGGUCCAGCGCCAUCUUUCAAAACUCUUUGACAAUAUGGCCAAAAUGAAAUUCCAGGUGGAUUCUGAUCAACAUCCAACCAAGCUGACCUUAGGGAUGUAUAGCAAAGAGGACGAGUAUGUUAGUUUCAGUGAACCAUGUGACUGCAGUGGCCAGGUGGAGAGCUGGCUGAAUCAGGUGCUGCACCAUAUGAGGGCCACUGUGAGGCAUGAAAUGACAGAAGCAGUGAUGGCUUAUGAGGAAAAGGCAAGGGAGCAGUGGCUUUUUGACUACCCUGCACAGGUGGCACUGACCAGCACCCAGAUUUGGUGGACCACAGAGGUUGGCAUUGCCUUUUCCCGUUUGGAGGAAGGCUAUGAGAAUGCCAUGAAAGAGUAUUACAAGAAGCAGGUGACCCAGCUGAAUACCCUCAUCACCAUGCUCAUAGGACAUCUCUCAAAGGGUGACAGGCAGAAAAUCAUGACCAUCUGUACCAUUGAUGUACAUGCUCGAGACGUGGUGGCCAAGAUGAUUGCUCAAAAGGUGGACAAUGCACAAGUAUUCCUUUGGCUGUCACAACUCCGGCACAGGUGGGCAGAUGAGGAGAAACACUGUUAUGCAAACAUUUGUGAUGCACAGUUCCUAUAUUCCUAUGAAUAUCUUGGGAACACACCACGCCUGGUUAUCACUCCUCUCACAGACAGAUGCUAUAUUACUCUCACUCAGUCUUUGCACUUGACUAUGAGUGGGGCUCCUGCAGGGCCAGCUGGAACUGGAAAGACUGAGACCACCAAAGAUCUGGGUCGAGCUCUGGGCAUCAUGGUGUAUGUGUUCAACUGUUCAGAGCAAAUGGACUACAAGUCUUGUGGGAACAUUUACAAAGGUCUUUCUCAGACUGGUGCUUGGGGCUGUUUUGAUGAGUUUAACAGAAUCUCUGUUGAGGUUCUAUCAGUGGUGGCUGUACAGGUAAAAAGCAUACAGGAUGGCAUACGAGACAAAAAGCAGUAUUUUAAUUUCCUUGGAGAAGACAUUAAAUUGGUUCCAUCUGUUGGUAUUUUCAUUACCAUGAAUCCUGGCUAUGCGGGUCGUACAGAACUGCCUGAGAAUUUGAAAGCUCUUUUCAGGCCAUGCGCAAUGGUUGUGCCAGACUUUGAGUUGAUCUGUGAAAUUAUGUUGGUAGCAGAAGGAUUCAUAGAAGCCAGGUUGUUAGCUAGGAAGUUCAUCACCCUUUACCAGUUAUGCAAAGAGCUGCUGUCCAAACAGGAUCACUAUGACUGGGGGUUACGUGCAAUUAAGUCAGUGCUAGUUGUUGCUGGUUCUCUCAAGCGAGGUGACCCGGACCGUCCUGAAGACCAGGUGUUAAUGCGCUCUCUCCGAGACUUCAACAUCCCAAAGAUUGUGACAGAUGACAUGCCUGUGUUCAUGGGUCUAAUUGGGGACCUCUUUCCUGCUCUGGAUGUCCCAAGAAAACGAGACCUCGGAUUUGAAUCUUUUGUGAAACAAGCUGUGCUGGAGCUUAAGCUGCAACCAGAGGACAAUUUUGUGCUCAAAGUGGUACAACUUGAGGAACUCCUGGCUGUUCGGCACUCUGUUUUUGUGGUGGGCAAUGCUGGCACGGGCAAGUCUCAGGUGCUGAAAUCCCUGAACAAGACCUACCAUAUCAUGAAGCGGAGGCCGGUUUGGACAGACCUCAACCCCAAAGCAGUCACCAAUGACGAACUCUUCGGCAUCAUCAACCCUGCCACAAGAGAGUGGAAGGAUGAUCCAAGGGCAGAGCGGGAGAGGAGACAGGAAAACAAGAUAACAGUCCUGUACUUAGUGCAAAUAAAAGCCAAAAUUACACAGCAGUUACCUCAAGCAACAGCUCAAGCCUUCAAAUGA